CUCAGAUCUCAACAGCGCGCGCUCAGGAGUCCAGGAAUGACUAGGAUAAAAUCAUUCCCGUCAUUUUAAUCCAUUCCUUCAUGUUUACGUUGCUAUUUGUGGUUAUGGUGUGGUGAAGAAUGAAGAGAGAAAGUGUUUUCUUACUUGGCAAUAAAACCAAAACAUAAUCUCCCUCAAUCACUGGAGAAUCAAGAGGAUUGUUUGUCAGAGUAACUAAAGGAAGUGACAAUGGGGCGAAAGAAGAUCCAGAUAACCCGGAUAAUGGAUGAGAGAAACAGACAGGUGACAUUCACAAAGAGGAAGUUUGGUCUGAUGAAGAAGGCGUAUGAGCUCAGUGUUCUGUGUGACUGUGAAAUAGCCCUGAUAAUCUUCAACAGCUCUAAUAAGCUCUUCCAGUACGCCAGCACGGAUAUGGACAAGGUCUUACUCAAGUACACAGAAUACAGUGAGCCCCACGAGAGCAGAACCAAUUCUGACAUCGUAGAAGUGUUGAAAAAGAAAGAGCAAAGAGGCUGUGCCAGCCCAGAUCCAGAGACAUCAUACAUCCUCACCCCUCACAAAGAGAAGAAAUAUCAGAAAAUUAACGAAGAGUUCGACAAUAUGAUGAGAAAUCAUAAAAUUCCAGUUGUUUUGGGUGAGCAGAGUUUUUCUUUACCUUUGACUUUGCCCAACAACAACCCCUCUCAUCUCUCCUGUAGUACAGACAGUUCGCUGGACGUCCCAGCAUCCCUAAGUGGGGCGAACAUACUGUCUCUCCAGAGGUCUGAUAGCACAGGGGUCAUGGAUGGUUUGCCAAGUUACUCAGAUGUCACACUUCCAAAUGGUGUCCACUCCUGUCAUGUGGCCAAUGGCUUUAUCGGUGGUUCUGAAGGAAGCAGUAUGGAAAGAGUCAAGUCUCAAACAUUUCAAGUGUCGUCUACGAUGGGCCACAAACCUGAUCUGAGAGUGCUCAUACCUCCUGUAUGCAAGGACAUUGUUUCUCCACUGAGAAUAAACAACACCCAGUCCAGUAAAUCACUGAGCACGCCGGUGGUUUCCGUGACAACACCCAGUCUGCCUCCCCAGGACCUUGUGUACUCAGCCAUGACCUCAUCAUUCAAUACAGAUUAUGAAUUGAACAGUCCAGAGCCCAGUACCUUAUACAGCUUCAGUUCACCAGAGGGCAUCGCAUCAGGGUUGUCACGGCAACAUAGUCAGCAUGGUCAGCCAGGGUUCAAUACUCAGAGAGGCACACAGGCCUCUGACCCCUCCAGCAGCUCCAUCACCAUCAAAACAGAGCCCAUCUCCCUACCUAGAGAACAUGCAGCCCACUGUAUCUACACCUCCAUCCACACUAUGCAGCUGCCCAACUCCAGACAUGAAGUGGGUCGUUCUCCUGCGGAGAGCUUCAGCUCCUCUGGUAGUUCAUAUGAGAGUAGCGACCGUGAGGACCAGCGAGUGGACUUUCAGUUGGUCACUGCUACCCCAGGACAAGGUACUAGAAUAUCACCAGGGACAGAGGACCAGGAAGAUCCAUCCAUCAAACGCAUAAGAACAGACAGCUGGGUGACUUAGCACCACAACUAGUUCAAAGGAAAUCUCAAAAAGUCUGUUUCUGUCAACAUGGGCACUGAUGUAUUCUGCUAUGUACAGCCAGCAAACAAUGUGAAGGCUGUGAUCACAGCGGUGUCUCUGAAAAAGACAAAUGAAAUGCAAAGACAGCUAUAUUGUAUAUGUGAGAGGGACAGUAUUUAGUCAUUUAUUGUUUUAGGAUCCACAUUUUUACAGUGUUCAAAAUCCAAUUUAUGAAUUGUCCUGAGAUGUUUCGGUCAGCAGAGGAGGCUUUGCUGUAUUUUUUUGCAGAACAAUAGUUUUUGUAACCAAAAUGUGUUGUUUUUAUCUUUCGUAUUUUUAUCUUGUGUGAUUCCUCUAUCAAAGCCAUGUAAAUAUUUAUUGAGACACACUGUUAUCCAGUGUAUGAGUUUUG